GCAUCGUGUUGCUGGAAGCGGCUCGGGAACUCAUGGCCUGAUACUCCGCUUCGUCGACUUUGGGAAUCGAACUUGAAGUUGGAUUUGUCCUACGAGGCCGGUCGAGUGCCGUCCUAGGAGUUAUGCCUCCGCCACAAGAUACAAUACGAACUCCGGACAGAAAGUCUUCUUCGUCAGCACUAUUAGGGACAUUUAAGAACCUUCUUGUAACCCGUCGAUCACAACCCACCAUUUCCACCCCACCACCAGCGAGCCAUUCCUCAGGAGACCACGAAUCGAAUUCAGACGUUGUUGAUGCGGACCUGAAGAAUGGGAGAACCGAUGUCGUCGUAGCUCCGGUAGAGCUCAGCCAACAGUUGGAGUUACUCGGCCUCCAACAAGGCUUGGGAACCAGGACCGCCGCCGCACAUAAGAUCUGCACGUUGUUAUCGGAGUAUCCGGUUCGAAACAUCGCAGGUAUAUGGCAAUCUGCUCAGGAUCUGCUGGAUGAAUCCAACGCCCCAACCGGCCCGACCGCUGGCUAUGGGCUACUGUUGGCGUUGGCCAAAUGCCCCGAUAUCACAUCCCUCGAACGUCGAAUGAUCCUCCAAGCGAUUCAGAAGGUCCCUCGGGACGAGCGACUAGAAGAACGAUUCGGCAUAUUGCAGGAGCUUUCUCACAACGGGAGGGACGUCGAUGUACUCGAAGGCUCAUUAGGCGGACUGCUUAAUUACUUCCUCAAGAACUCGUAUGAUAUCGUGGUAGAUGCGCGGAGAAAAAACAAGCUAAAAUUGGAGAGUAGCGCCAAAGAGGAGCUGCUAUGCAGCCGAGUGUUCCAUCUGGUUGUCGAUGUCACGAAAUUUAACUCGAGGAUUCUCACCAAGGACGACAUCACUACGAUUGUUGAGCAAGUCAUCACGUUUUGCAAGAGGACGAACGUCCAAUCCGAUAUCAGCAACUCGAUACUCGUCAUGGACGCACUGGUUACAUACAACACUGUACCUGAUCGGCCCCUUCGGUCCUGGUUAGCGCUGUUGGCAGAUAUCUACCGGCAACUGGAAGUGCUACAUACUCAGGCUUGGGGUGCCUUGGCCAAUAUCUUCAAAUCUCAUCUUGGCCAUACGGCAACGUCGGCACUCCUCCUCGCCCUUCGAUGCGAUACGAAACAAGAGCCGGAUCGCAACUUUGUACGCGCUGCGUUCCGUGUUCUUGCUGAUCUCGUCCAUGAGAACGGCAAAGAGGGUCUUCCAAAGUUGUCUCUCUCUGUCUUCAUACCGGCGGUGAAAAGCUCAUUGGCAAUUGAUCGAAAAAAGCACGACGCGGAUGUUCUUCAUUUUAUUGCCGAUCUACAAGCCAACGAACCCCUCAGGAGAGCGAUUAUGGAGGAGAACCUGAUAAAAGAUGCGGGGGAAAUCAUUUUGCAUUGCGCUGGCAAAAUUUCGCCACAUGAAAUGAAUGGCAAUGGAACGGGUGCUGUGCCAGUGAAUGGAAGGGAAUCGGUGCCUCUCGAAGAAAGAGAUGGGGAAAGAGUUGACCAGGCCCUACGCCGGAUUUUGAACAGCAUCAACGAUCGUUUCGGGUCAUUUGAUCUAGUUCAUAAGUCGGAGUUGGCACAGAUGAUGCUAGGCCUCUGCAACCGUUUGAGCAAUCCGGCCAUUGAGACACUUCUCGAUUACAUCUCCGUGGAAAGACUUCUAUUCCCGUCCGACUCGCAGUGGAAAUCCAGUUGCAAGACUCUCAUACGAAAUGUGUUAAGGGAUCCAUCUCGACCGACACCCACCAGAAUCCGUGUAUUCGAUGUUUUGAAAGACUCAUUCCUCACCAUCGACAGUAUCCGAGACGACGACUCGGCAAAUUCGAUGAUGGAUUCGAUACUGCAAAGCAUCCCACGGGAAAAAGACACCGCGUUACUUGAACGGAUCGUCGGCCUGGCAGUUGAGCAUACUGAUCAUACAACUCAGUGCCGGUUUGAAGGAAUAAUCGGAAAAUUUGCGUCAGGCAUUUUUGAAUCAGGAGAUUCUGCGAAGGCUACAUUAGAGGGCAGUGCCGAUGGAAGCAUCCAGUCCAACGAAAGUGGAAACCCGAAAUCAUCACCGUCCUACGUUCUAGCUAAGGGAGUUGUGAGGAUGUUCAUGAGGAACCUUAACCGGCAUGGCGACAGAACGCUAAAACUCUACGACCUUAUCUUGCACAUUGCUUCUUCUGACAACGUACCGUCGGAUGCCCGCAUUAUGGUCUUUAAGCUUCUGUUCAGGCUUCGCGCCGACUCCAGUUACUCGGUUUUCAUCGAGACAACCCUGGACGUCGAGAGCGUUGCUCGCGUGCUUGGAAGAACGGCAGAACGAGUAGAAGAGCGUCGGCCGGAUCCGUCACCAUUACAACGCCACACUUCAUCGGACAAGAAUGCUUCUUCCAAGGACAGUCAUCGCAAGUCAUCCAUUCUCCCAUUGGCGUCAAAAGAUCCACCGACUUCCCCCCCCAAACCGUUGCCGAAGCUAUGGCUCUACCCCGACCCCGAAGGACUUCCAGACGAACUUGCAUCCCGUUCGAGCCCGCUGAUUCGCGUCGGUUCCGCUUCGAGUCGAGAAAUGGAGCGUCAAAACUCAUCGGUACUCGACAUCUCCCAGUGGCUCGAAAUUGCGGUCUCCAUCCUUCUCCAUCAACCGGACUGGGAGCUGUACACCUAUGUUCUUGUUCAUCUUGGCACGCAACUGGCAAACAAGACGUUGUUCCACGGAUCCGCACCCCAGAUUCAGCUCCUCCGAAGUGUCAUCUCUGAGCAGAUCCGGAACAAAAGUUUCAUGGACCCUCCGCCGUCCACGGGACUAAAGAAGGGCGAUGUUGCGGUGUGCUUGUUCCACAUCCUCACAAUGCUUCUGGGGUACAACGAGCACUUCAGCAAGAAUGAAGAAGAUGAUAUCGUGCGCACAUUCAUCAGUGGAAUCGGAUCCUGGGAUCGGACCUCCAAAUGGUGCAUUCACGCCAUGUCCAUCUGUUGCCAUGAGCUGCCGCUGUCCAUGUCCAAGGUAUUGGAUACCAUCAUUCAGAAAAUGGCCCAGAUCAUCACGCAGCAACCCGUCUCGGUGCAUAUCUUGGAGUUCUUGGCCGGCCUUGCGCGGAUGCCCGAGCUCUACAAGAAUUUCCGCGAGGAUGAGUAUCGGAUGGUUUUCGGUGUGUGUUUCCGAUACCUCCAGUCCGUCCGCGACAAACAAGAAAAAGAGAAUCUGGGAGUGAACUCGGGACGAACCGUGUCGUCGGGCACGCGACAGAGCGGUUCGUCGAAAGAUUCGGCCGCCGCGUCGGGUCGAGAGCAGCGUUACACACCAAACCCCCACCCGGAGGACCUCCCGCAAUAUGUCUACGUCAAGACUUUUCACGUCAUCACAUACUGGUUCAUGGCGCUCAAGAUGCAAGAUCGCGUCUCCUACAUGAGUUGGAUUGCGAAGAACCUGACCUAUACUGACUCUUCUGGUCAACCAUUUGUCGAAGACCAGGGUCUCGUGACGGUCGAUAUGAUGCAGCGGGUUACGUAUUCAGAUCGAGACGAAACGAAGCCAAACCCCCAUUUUGCGUCCGUUGCUGAUGGCCUCGUCUCCACGAAGACUUGGAUUGUGGGGAUGAGUUUAAUGUCGAUCGAAACCGCAGGCCGGACUGGUCUCUCACAGAUCACACGGAGACGGCCAACCGGGAAUCGAUACUCGAUCUUUCGCCCGCAAAUGAUCGACCCGCCACGGCACCAGGUUCAUCUGACCACAGGACUGGCAGCGGAUGUUUUCUACCGAUCCGAGUACGUUGGAGUCUUACCGGACGACGUUCUGCAGGAUUUCUACUCGCCUUUGUCGAUGAUCGGAACCGAUCAGCCAGAGCUUAUACCGCUCCCUGACGAUGACGCCAUUCGACGCGCCAUCAGCUCUCUUGAUAGGAUUCCUGUCCUGGAUGGUCACAAAGUGGGAGUAAUCUACAUCGGGCCAGGCCAAACCGAAGAAAAAGACAUCCUCGCCAACACCAGUGGCUCCGCUGACUACACCGAGUUCAUAGCCCGUCUUGGUACCCUCACGAAACUCAAGAAUUGCCAAUUGAACACUCAGGGUCUCGACCGCGAAUUCGACACGGACGGAGAACACGCCAUCCUCUGGCGCGACCGGGUCAGCGAGAUCGUCUUCCACGUCACGACGCUCAUGCCGACGAACCUCGAGCACGAUCCGCACUGCGUCAACAAAAAGCGGCACAUCGGUAACGACUUCGUCAACAUCAUCUGGAACGCCUCCGGGCAGCCCUUCAACUUCAACACCUUCCCCUCCGCCUUCAACUACGCCUACAUCGUCAUCAACCCCGAAUCCCGCCCCUCCACCCUCGGAUCCACUACCUCCUCUCCCGCCCCCUCCUCCACCGACCCUUCCAAACCCUUCUACACCAUCCACCUCGUCUCCUCCCCCUCCUUCCCCAAAAUCUCCCCAGCAUCCCAACCCAAGCUCAUCUCCACCAAGUCCCUCCCCUCACUCGCCCGCCUCCUCGCCCUCAACGCCUCGGUCUUCAGCCUCGUCUGGGCGAGUCGCGAGGGCGGGGAGUACGUGUCCUCGUGGCGCGCGCGGCUGCAGCAGAUCCGCGCGCUGCGGGAGAGGAUGGGUGCGGGCAAGGGGGCGGGGCCCGGCGCCGGGUUCCUGAACGCGGCGACGCCGUUGAGCACGACGCAGGUGAGCGCACGGAGGAUUCGUGAAGGAUGAAUUGGAGAGAGGGCUCGGGAGAUUUUCUGAGUUUGGCGUUUGAGAUUUGGGAUUGAUGGAUUGCCUCAAAAAUAUAUAUACCCCCCUACGUACAUGUGCUGCGGCUGCGGUUCGUAUGUCCGUCAUCAUCUUGGAUGGCGAUAAAAGUUCGGUUGUGUGGAUGUAUUGUAUAUGGU